CACAGGUGUCGAGUAUUCGAAUGAUUACUUCAGAGUGACAAGAAAUUAUAAUAGAUAUUAAAUAUGUCAGAAGUGAAUCCUAAACAUAUGCUUCAUAGCGGUAUUUUUCAUCCCGUUUUAAGACUAUGGCAAUCUCCAAAUGUAGAAAUUACCGUUAAUAAUCUUAUGUAUCCCAUUUUUGUAUCCGAUAAUAAAAAUGACAAGGAACCAAUCGGUAGUAUGCCUGGCGUAUAUCGUUAUGGUAUCAAUCGAUUAUAUGAGGAUUUACAACCAUUAAUAUCAAAAGGAUUGCAAUCUAUAUUAUUAUUCGGUGUCUCAAAACAUCUAAUAAAAGAUCACGUCGGUUCUAACGCUGAUAGCGAAGAAAAUCCUAUAGUUCAGGUGGUACCAUUGAUAAGGCAAUGGUUUCCAAAUUUAGUAGUAGCAUGCGACGUAUGUUUGUGUCCUUAUACGAUUCAUGGUCAUUGUGGCAUUUUAAAUGAUGAUGGAACUAUUGAUAACAGUGCAAGCAUUAAACGUAUUUCUGAAAUUGCAGUCGCAUACGCAAAAGCUGGUGCCCAAAUAGUUGCACCAUCAGAUAUGAUGGACGGUCGAGUAGGUGCAAUAAAAAGGCAAUUAGUUGCGGCUGGUUUGGCAAAUAAAGUUGCUGUAUUAUCGUACGCAGUUAAAUUUGCAUCAGGAUUUUAUGGACCUUUCAGAGAUGCAUCUCAAUCGGCCCCAAAAUUUGGCAAUCGUAAAUGUUACCAAUUACCACCAGGCAGUAAUGGGUUAGCAGCUAGAGCUGCUGCCAGAGAUAUCGCAGAAGGAGCAGAUAUGAUCAUGGUUAAACCAGGAUUACCUUAUUUAGAUGUAAUCAGGCACACGAAAGAUGCACAUCCGGAGUAUCCUAUGUUUGUUUAUCAAGUCUCAGGAGAGUAUGCAAUGCUAUAUCACGGUGCACAAAAUGGUGCGAUUAACUUGGAAGACGUGCUAAAUGAAGUUUUAUUAUCUAUGCGACGAGCAGGAGCAGAUUGUAUCAUAACAUAUUUUACGCCAUUAAUUUUAGAUAUGUUAAUGCCAAAAAGCAAAUAUUAAUUAUUUGAGAAUUUUUCUAUGACAGUGCUGAUGAUU